AUGGUUCAUAUUCGAUGCAAUACAAGUGAAAAAAUGUGCGAUAAGAUAGAAGCGGGACCCGGUAUAGUUUUUCUGRACCGUAAUCGCAAUCUUUAUGAUAUUUAUGAUAGUUAUUGGAGUAUUCAAGUUGCAAGAUCUCUGUUUGAGAAGAAUACAUUUUUAUCCGGAACAAUACGCAGUAAUAGAAAACAUAUUCCAUCGCAGCUCAAAUCAAAAUUGSAAGUGGGCGAAUGUAAGUACCAAAGAAAUCGGGAAAUACUUCUAUUAGCGUACAGAGAAAAGAAGUCACAGAAAAAAAAUGUACUACUGUUAUCAACGCAUGGAACAGUCGCAAAUAAAACGACUGUAAUUCGAAGACGGAAUCAGCAAAGGGAAGUUCAAAAACCAGCAAUCAUCCACGACUACAAUAAAUAUAUAGGAGGCAUUGAURUCUCAGAUAUGAUGAUUUACUCAUAUUUGGAUGAGAGGAGAACAGUGAAAUACUGGAAGAAAGUGGUAUUUUCCAUUUUUGCUCGCAUGGUCUUGAAUGCAUACAUWUUAUACAAACACAACAGAGAAGCAAAGGUUAUGAAUCGACUCGAAUUUGUAACCAGUAUCAUUCAGUCGAUCACAACAGAAUGGUUAGCGGAAAAAAAUGUGAAUCCAGAAAGUUCAUUGGGUCACACAUCGAGGGAUUCAACAGUCCCAGGUAUCAGUAAACUUCCUGGAAGAAGGGAAAAGGUUUGCGUAGUUUGCAGUAGACUGGAUGGUGGGCCUGUGCGAAGAUCGCGCACAAUUUGUAAUAAUUGCAAUAAAGGGUUGCAUGGUAUAUGCAUUAGUAAGCAUCAAUGCUAA